GCAAACCCAGGAUUAUCGCUGAGACCGGUGCAGGUCAGCAUGGCGUUGCCACGGCAACCGCGUGCGCGUUGCUAGGGCUGGAUCUGACUGUGUACAUGGGCGCAGAAGACGUGGAGCGUCAGGCUCUCAAUGUGUUCCGUAUGGAGCUUCUUGGGGCAAAGGUGGUAGCAG